AGGAGGAGGAGGAGGAGGAAAGGGAGGCCAAAAGCCAGAGCAGCCGAGCAGCCAGGCAGCCUGAGCAUCGGGGGAGAACAGCCUGAGCCCGGAGCAAGUUGCCUCGGGAGCCCUAAUCCUCUCCCGCGGGCUCGCCGAGCGGUCAGUGGCACUCGGCAGUGGCAAGGCUGAAAUAUGAUAAUCAGAACAGCUGCGCCGCGCGCCCCGCAGCCAAUGGGCGCGGCGCUCGCCUGACGUCCCCGCGCGCUGCGUCAGACCAAUGGCGAUGGAGCUGAGUUGGAGCAGAGAAGUUUGAGUAAGAGAUAAGGAAGAGAGGUGCCCGAGCCGCGCCGAGUCCGCCGCCGCCGCAGCGCCUCUGCUUCGCCAACUCCGCGGGCUUAAAGUGGACUCCCGGAUCUGCGAGGGCGCGGCGCAGCCGGGCAGCGGCUCUCUCAGCUUUGGCAACCCCAGGGGCCACUAUUUCCCACUUAGCCACAGCUCCAGCAUCCUCUCUGUGGGCUGUUCACCAACUGUACAACCACCAUUUCACUGUGGACAUUACUCCCUCUCACAGAUAUGGGAGACAUGGGAGAUCCACCAAAAAAAAAACGUCUGAUUUCCCUAUGUGUUGGUUGCGGCAAUCAAAUUCACGAUCAGUAUAUUCUGAGGGUUUCUCCGGAUUUGGAAUGGCAUGCGGCAUGUUUGAAAUGUGCAGAGUGUAAUCAGUAUUUGGACGAGAGCUGUACGUGCUUUGUUAGGGAUGGGAAAACCUACUGUAAAAGAGAUUAUAUCAGGUUGUACGGAAUCAAAUGCGCCAAGUGCAGCAUCGGCUUCAGUAAGAACGACUUCGUGAUGCGCGCCCGCUCCAAGGUGUACCACAUCGAGUGUUUCCGCUGCGUGGCCUGCAGCCGCCAGCUCAUUCCCGGGGACGAGUUUGCGCUGCGGGAAGAUGGGCUCUUCUGCCGCGCGGACCACGAUGUGGUGGAGAGAGCCAGCUUGGGUGCCGGCGACCCUCUCAGUCCCUUGCAUCCAGCACGGCCGCUGCAAAUGGCAGCGGAGCCUAUCUCUGCCCGGCAGCCAGCCCUGCGGCCCCAUGUCCACAAGCAGCCAGAGAAGACCACCCGUGUGCGGACUGUGCUGAAUGAGAAGCAGCUGCACACCUUGCGGACCUGCUAUGCUGCCAACCCCCGGCCUGAUGCACUCAUGAAGGAGCAACUAGUGGAGAUGACAGGCCUCAGCCCCCGCGUGAUCCGAGUCUGGUUUCAAAACAAGCGGUGCAAGGAUAAGAAGCGGAGCAUCAUGAUGAAGCAGCUACAGCAGCAGCAACCCAAUGACAAAACUAAUAUCCAGGGGAUGACAGGAACUCCCAUGGUAGCUGCCAGUCCAGAGAGGCACGACGGUGGCUUACAGGCUAACCCAGUUGAGGUGCAAAGUUACCAGCCGCCUUGGAAAGUACUGAGCGACUUCGCCUUGCAGAGUGACAUAGAUCAGCCUGCUUUUCAGCAACUGGUCAAUUUUUCAGAAGGAGGACCAGGCUCUAAUUCCACUGGCAGUGAAGUAGCAUCGAUGUCCUCUCAACUCCCAGAUACACCUAACAGCAUGGUAGCCAGUCCUAUUGAGGCAUGAGGAACAUUCAUUCAGAUGUAUUUUUUUUCCCUGUUGGAGAAAGUGGGAAAUUAUAAUGUUGAACUCCGAAACUAAAGUAUUUAACGACCCAGUCAAUGAAAACUGAAUCAAGAAACGAAUGCUCCAUGAAAUGCACGAAGUCUGUUUUAACGACAAGGUGAUAUGGUAGCAACACUGUGAAGACAAUCAUGGGAUUUUACUAGAAUUAAAACAAACAAAACCUAAAACCCAACAUACGCUAUUCAAUGACCUUAGGAGUACUGAAGAAAAAAAAAAGACGUUUUUAAAACGUAGAGGAUUUUUAUUCAAGGAUCUCAAAAAAAAGCAUUUUAAUUUCACUGCACAUCUAGAAAAAAAAAAAGCAGAAAUAGAAAAUUUUCUAGUCCGUCCUAAUCUGAAUGGUGCUGUUUCUAUAUUGGUCAUUGCCUUGCCAAACAAGAGCUCCAGCAAAGAUCAGGAAGAGAGACUGGCCUCCUUGGCUGGAAAGAGUCCUUUCAGGAAGGUGGAGCUGCAUUGGUUUGCGAUGUUUUUAGUUGACUAAAAAGGGGUUAAUUGAAAUCCUGGGUCUCUUAGCAUGUCCUAUAGCUGGUUUCCUUUUUACUUUUGUCCCUCUCUCCUUUUUUUUUUUUUGAGAUCCAUCCUCUAUCAAGAAGUCUGAAGCGACUUUAAAGGUUUUUAAAUUCAGUUUUAAAAACCAACUUAUAAAGCAUUGCAACAAGGUUACCUCUAUUUUGCCACAAGCGUCUCGGGAUUGUGUUUGACUUGUGUCUGUCCAAGAACUUUACCCCCAAAGAUGUGUAUAGUUAUUGGUUAAAAUGACUGUUUUUUUUCUCUCUCUGGAAAUAAAGAGGAAAAAGGAAACUUUUUUUUGUUUGCUCUUGCAUUGCAAAAAUUAUAAAGUAAUUUAUUAUUUAUUGUCAGAAGACUUGCCACUUUUCAUGUCAUUUGACAUUAUUUUUUUGUUUGCUGAAGUAAAAAAAAAGAUAAAGGUUGUAUCGUGGUCUUUGAAUUAUAUGUCUAA